GAGAUCACAAAAGCAUUGUAUAGGAUGUUUCUCGAGUAGUAAUCUCAAAGUUUCAGGGGAAAUUACACACCAAAAACUACUUCACAGCAAAAAACUAUUUCGACGAUAUUUUCAACAUAACUGGAAAGCGGAUUAACCUGAUUUUAAAAAAUGGUUUGAAAUAAUGGUUACAGUCAAGCUGGUGCCUUGAGUUUAACGUAUCAAUGGAAUUGUGAUUUGAAGUAUCAUUUCUGAGCUGGAGGGAAAUGGACAGGAAAAUUGCAGAUAGAGAGCUGCCUUAGUGGAAAUAAUAAAUCCAACCUGAAGAGAAUCCAACCAGUCAAAGCAUUUAACAACAUUGAAAUCAGGAAGUUACAGAUUCAUCGCUUGGACUGCAUGAUGUCGGAAAUUAAAUGAUCCAGUAGUCAUCUUAUCCUAUCUUAGAACUUGACUCAGAGAACUGCCAAAACUUGAAAUGCUCGCAACUAGUAUUAAUUGUGCCAUUUCGCUUGUUCCAGUCUGUAUAAUAUCGAUUCUACUACAGAUAGUAGAAUGCGCCAAACCAGCUAAACCGGUAAUAACAAUGAAGAUGGUUGAACAAAAACUACUGACUGCCUUACAACAAGAUAUUCCCGAAAUAUGGAUGUACAAAAAUUUAUAUAGACAUCGUAAAGAGCUGAUGCUAGAUCAGGGUCUCAUUGACCGCUCAAAGCGCUUUAUCUCUGAAGGAAAUCGGUUAACAAGAUUGUUUAGCAUUGCAGAACAAGGGUUUAAUAUUGACGUUUCUGUUGUAGGUGGCUCAAUUUCUCGUGGACAGCCCUUCGUACAAAAGGGCCUAGGCAAGCGCGUAUACUUCCGUGCGCUGCAAGAUUGGUGGAACAAGGUUGUCCAGCCUAUCACAGGAUCUUCUAUGACUGUAAGGGACCUUUCUAUUGGAGGCGUGGGGAGUGAUUACUUUGCAAAUUGCUUGCCGGUUCACUUACCCAAAGAAGCAAACACAAAUUUAGUUCUCUGGGAACUAUCAGGGAAUGAUGUAGGGAGAUAUGAAGGUGUUUUCAAAAAUGCUUCUCAGCCACUGGAACAGUUCCUUAGAAACACCUUGCGUUAUCGAUCACAACCGGAAAUCAUAUUGCUGAAUUUCUUUAAUGGAAAUGAUUUAAUGUCAAAAAGAGGUUGUCGCGAUCUCGAUAUGGAAGGAGAGAUCAAAGUUGCGAAGCAUUAUGACGUAACUGAACUAAGUUGGACUAAAUCCAUUUGUCCAUACUUGAUACGAGAUCAAAGUGGGAUGGCAUUUGAAUACCUUUUCUCCAAGGAUCACUAUCACCCAAGUGUCCCUGCACACGCACAAAUGGCCUAUAUCCUCAUAGAGCAUAUAAGAGACCAAUUUGUUAAAGCAAUAACGGGUGGAAAGCUCGAGAGCAGUGUUCAAGUAAAAAGCAUUUUGCCUCUUCCAAUAUUUGACCAAACUUAUCUUGGAGAACCAUUGUGUUACACGCUGUUGAAAGUAGACGAAUCUCAGCCACUCAAUACGCUUCAACUAGAUAUUAUCUCAAGUCCAAAAUACUCACUUACAACCUAUCGGUCGUUCGUACAUCGUGGUGACAAACUGCAAGGAAUGCAAACAAAAUCUGAAAACGAAACGAUUAUAUUCCGUUUUACGGUACCCUCAUACGCUGCCAUAAUGCCAUUUAAAAAGCUGGCAAUUCUUUCGUUUGCAAGAUCAGGCGAGGCAGUCGCCCAGCUGGAUAGCAGACCAGCUACUCCUCUGGAAACGAGUAAAUAUUCAGCAAUAGGCACAGUAGAGACUAUCCCAGCACGCAACGUAGGGCCUGGGGAACACCAGCUAAGGGUCUGGUCCAAAAGGGGCGGAUUCCUAAUCAUGGCUUUAAUGCUUGGCUGAGUGCCUUUACCAGUAAAUACUUUGGUAUUAAAAAAGUAUAUAAAGGCAAACAUGGUAUCGAUGAAAUAACAUAGUAAAUAUUGGCAGUGUCACAAAUUAUGUCAAGGAACUGGGUGAUACUUUGGUCAGACAAAGCAACAAAAAAUCAGAAAGAAAACGUGACAUAACAAUGUGCGCGUGAAAUUCGCAAAGAAAAAUAAAAGAUGGGUCUCUGAGCUGAUACGAAAGUUUCUUCAAAAGUAUACCACUGCAUGUUCCGCAAUUGCAUUGUUGUCAGGACGGAAGGAGCGUUGCUGCAAAUCGAAGGCCUAAAUACUGGAGACAUCCACAAUGACCUCAUACAGCACUUUGAAAGUUAAAUCGCUUUAGGCAUAUUAAUCUGUGUGUUUCAACAACACCAACAAAGUGUUGUCGAAAAAA